CACAAGCAUCUUUCUCCUUCAAUUAAGUCUGUGAUCAUGGAGUUGUUUAGAUGGUUUUUCGUGCUGGCAUGCAUUGCGUCAGUUUCGCUCUACGAAAUCACCAUCGAAAGCUUGCAGCCCGAUCCGGCCAGCGAUCCCACGGCGUUCAACCUGGGCACCAUUCGGCUGUCCCGCAAGUCGCGCAACUCUUUCCGGAUCUCCGGCACGUACUACAUGCUACGAAAUCUGGGCAAUGACGCCCGAGUGGUGCUGGAAAUCCUCCAGCGGGACCCCAUCAGCAAAAGUUUCAAUCGCCUGCUGCUCCGGAAGGAAAAUCCGAUGUGUGAGUACAUGGACUCGGAGCGGAUGUUUCUGCCACACCUGCGGGAAGUGUCCAACCUGCCGCCGGCCGGAGUGUGUCCCUUUCCCAAGAUCAACAUCACCGUCGACGACUACGAGUUCAACGAGUCCAUGUUUCCGCCGAUCAUCCCCGCUGGGACGUACAAACUAAGGUCGAGGGUUUUCGAGGAGGAACGACAAAUCAUCGGAAUGGAGUUUGUUGUUAGUAUUCGUUAAUAAUUCGAAAUAAAUCUUUACUUA